ACACCUCUUCAGUGAGAGCUAAGAGGAAGAGGAGGACCAGCCUGCAGUUAUUUCAUUUGAACAGCAGUAGAGUAACCGGUCAUGGAGUAGUUGCUCUUGACUUACAAAAAAAAAAAACAGUUGUGUUAGUACCAAACCUGCUUCAAAACUCUAUAGAGAAACAAAAGACUUUCAAUGGAGGCCGACACUGUAGUAAAGGAGAAGUUUUUCAUCGUGAUACGCGGGAAGUCGAAGAAAGGCUUCUGCCGAGGAUGUAUUGGCCGUGUGGAGGCAGAGACGCAGCGUGGAGAGCUGAUGGGGCUUCUGUACUGCGGAGGCAGCAGCGCAGGGAGCCCCAAGAAGGGAGGCAUCGUGAGGAGAGAGGACACGUACCCUCUGACCCGCCACCAGGCCCAGCUUCUGCUUUUUGUGUCCUCCACAAGCAGACGCCUGGAGCUGCUGUGUAACCCCCAGCUGUUCACUGCCAUCUGUGAGCUGUCUCAGGAUGACCUGGUGGUGGUGAAGCACAAGAAAGGACACCUGCCGGCCCUGGUGAAGAACCUGAUGCAGAUUGGGAGGAAGGAGAAUAAAGAUGACCUGCACAUGCUUGGCUUUGAGGUGGAAUUUGUGGACAGUGAUCGUAAUUUGUCAUCCAAGAAACCUGCUCCUCUGCCCCUGUUCAGUGCCGCAGACGUCGUCCAAGUCGUCCCAUCUUACUCCGUCCCCCUCGGGCUGCACUGGAGAGACGGCCAAUGUGGGGGUCUAAACAGAAAAGCGGUGACACGCAUCAACUCCAUGCCAAAUAUUGGAUCUCGUGGACGACAAGUGAGAGAGAACCACACAGAGCAGAGCGUCACUCAGAGCCAAAGUCCCAGCACAUCUCAUGUGCCUCUGGAGGUGGGGUCCAUGGUGGAGGUGGUGUCCAACUCAGGCAUCACAGUGUAUGGGGUCAUCCGGUGGCUGGGGGUCCUUGGAGGAAAGACUGAUGAAUGGGCUGGGAUUGAAUUGGACUAUGAGGUGAAUGGCUGCUCUGAUGGGAAGUAUGGAAGUCAGAGAUAUUUCACCUGCAAAGGAAACCGGGCUUUGUUUGUUCCUGUCACAAAGUGCAGCCCUGAUAGCAGGUUUGUCAGCUCCUCUACAGAAAGGGAGACCCCCAAACCCACCGAAACACCUCCAGAUCUUCCGUUUGAGGACUCAGAGGAGGAUGCACCACCUAUCCCUGAAUCAGAGGCCUUGUCUUUGUUAGUGGGAAAAAUGAAAGGGAUUCAGGGCCACGUCAACUCCUGUUACCUUGAUGCCACACUCUUCAGUUUGUUCAGCUCAUCAGUGACCCUGGAUAAUAUCUGCCAGAAGCCCGCUGACACAAAACAACCCAUAACUUGCACUCUGAGAAAAAUCAUCAACCGUUUACGCAGACAAGGGAUUGUGCCUGCUGAGAGUGUGAUGAAUUUCCGCAAACAGCUUGGCUGCGACACCUUCAGAACAGAGGAAAAAGACCCAGAAGAGUUCAUCACAGUCCUCUUUCAGAAGGUGCUUUGCGUAGAGCCGCUACUUAAGCUCAGAUCAAGAGGAGAAACAUCUCAGGGUGCUUACACCUUCCAGAUCUUUCUGGAAAAGGAGCAGAUGGCACAGAUGCCCACAGUCCAACAGCUGCUGGAUAAAUCCUGCCUGUCAUGUGACCUCAAGUUUGAAGAGAUGCCGUCCUGUCUAAUAGUUCAGAUGCCGAGGUUUGGAAACAAGUAUAAGAUGUUUUCUCACAUCAUUCCCUCCACGGAGCUGGACAUCACAGAUCUCCUGUAUAACUCUCCUAGGGAAUGCUUUGUCUGUGGGCAUUUGGCAGAGCACGAGUGUCUCCAGUGUCUCCCAGAUCGCAAACUGCAGCCAGGGAGAAUCAAACAGUACUGCACUACCUGCAACACACAGGUGCAUGCUCAUCCCUCACGGCAGGGUCACUCCCCCAAAGCACUUGCAGUACCAGCGGAGGUACCCACUGAUGCACCUGUGCCCAAGCACAUGAUGGAACUGUUUGCUGUGCUCUGCAUUCAAACAAGCCACUAUGUGUCCUUUGUCAAAUACAGCCCUGACCCCCACUCUUGGCUCUUCUUUGACAGCAUGGCAGACAGAUGCGGUGACGAUCAAAGUGGCUACAACAUUCCAGAGAUCCGAGCUUGUCCAGAGCUGGGUGACUUCCUGUCCCAGUCAGAGGAGGAGCAGGCUCGUGCCAACCCCUCUCAUGCUCCUGAACUAGUGCGCAGACUGCUGUGUGACUCCUACAUGUUUUUAUACCAGAACCCAGCAACGCCACUUUCAAAGCCAAACCCUCAGGAGCCUUAAAUGCAUACGAGGACGAGGACACAGCGUUCCCAUAACAGUGCCUUAAUAACCUUGCACCUUCCCUUAAUCAGCAAGAUUUUGUGUUGGUUUUACAUCCAAACAGCAGCAAGUGACUGACUUUACUACUGACUUUAAAUAUCAACAAAAUGUUGAUCAUUCAAAGAGAAGGAUGAGCAGUGAAAAUAUAACGCUGCCACUUUUAUCCCUUAACUGUCAUCUGUUGCUUUUGUCUUACACUGUGACUAUUUAUGCUGAGAUUUUAAUAUAAAAUGUAGCAUGUCAAUGAUUUUAUGACUUGAUGCUUAUUUGUUUUCUUUGCCUGUUAUUUGGUAAAUUAAAGUGAUAGUCCACUCAAGCACA